AUGACCCCCUCCCUUAAAGAAUUAAAUGUCGAUUUAAAUUCUAUACCAUAUUGUGAUAAAGAUAACAAUAGUGAUGUUGUUAAAUUACGUUCAAUAUUGCAACAAAAGUAUUUAAAAACAAUACCAAUAAUAACAAAUAAUCCUGAAUCGCGUAUUAUUGACCCUACAACUCGGAAAUUGUCUCAAUGGGAAAGAAGUGUAUUAGAAUUAAGACUAAAUUUUAUACCAACUACUGAUAUUAAUACAGCUAAAUAUGUGACGCGAGUGAUAGCUGGUGCUGAAUCUGGUUUAUAUAAAAAAGACUCAAUACAAAAAGAACAUAUUGAGGGCAAAAAUGUUAAAAAAGAACAAGAAAAAGUAUUGAAAAACCCAGUAGUCGACGAUAGUAUUUUAGUAGUACCAUCAGAUAAAGGUGGUAAAAUUGUAGCUGUGAAUACGUCAGAUGAUAAAGCUAAAAUAGAAGAAAUGUUAAGUAAUAGUAGUACAUAUACUAAAUUGAGUAGAGAAUCAACCAAAAGGUUAAUAAAAGAGUUAACUGAUUUAGUUAAAGUAGUUCAAGGUUUACCGGGUUUACUACUAACAAUUCCUUUAUUUGAAGUUAAUAUUUAUGUAUUUUCUGGUAAAGUUUCAAAGUAUCCCGAAUAG